AUGAUUCCCGAAACAGUUAUGAUGGAUCAUAUUACAUUUUUUAAAGGUGUUAGAGAAACGCGAAAACAAUUACAAUUAAAUGAAGGAUAUCAUAAUGGUAAAGACAAUGUAUCGUCUAGUAAUGAAAAUGCGGUUUUAAAUCAAUUACUCAAAUCAAAGAUGCCACCAUCGAUAUCGUAUGCGAAUAAUAUAAGUAAAGGAAAUAGUACCGAAUGUUCAACACAAAAGAAAGCAACAAAUAAUCAUUGGACGAAUGGUACUAACGGACAAGAGCAACAUAUUUUAGCACCGUUAGCGAUCGAACGAAAACAUCCAAGCUCCGAUUCGAAUUCAUCAUCAUCAUCAUCUACUGCCACUUUAACAUCAUCCACUAGUUUCUUGAAUGGGCAAUCAUCACCUAAAAAUGUCAAAUUACAAUCACCAACGAUGAUUCACAUAAAUAGCACAAAUUCAAUGGAUCUUAGUUCGCCUACAUCGACAAGUACAACGAAUACUGACGAUACGUUAACAGUAAAUAAUCAAGAUGUUGAUAUGAAAUGUUUUAGUUCAAUGCCAUCAUCACCAUCAUUAUCACCAAAACCACUUAUUAAACAGGGUGAACCACCUCGUUGUAAAUCUUAUCCAAUGACAACACCCUCGUCCUUGUCAUCAUCAAACACUUAUAUACGGCAUGAAUCGACAGGUUCUGCAUCUUGUCCGUCACUACAACUAUCGACGCUGUCUAGUCACUCGAAUACAUCAAAUAAUAACAUUAAAAAUAGCAGCGAAAUGACUAUUUCUUCGACAUCAUCGUCACCCGAUACACCAAAAAUAGCACGUUCAUCAUCGGUUAAAUCAUGUGCUAGUGAUUCGGGCGUCAGUUCUUCCUCACCAUCGUCAGAUAAUUGCCAUGUACAUAAUAACAAUAAUAAUAAUAAUAAUAAUAAUAAUAAUAAUAAUAAUAACAAUAAUAAUAAUACGAUUAUUUACAAUCAACUAAGCAAUUCUCAACAAUCAACAAAUGUCGGCAGUAGAAAACGUAAAAAUUUAGCUAAUAUUUCCGAAGAAAAGCACGACAAAAAAAUGUCUACAGAAGCUACAACUACAUCUGGAUUUUCAUACACUUCUGCCACAAGCACACCAUCAACAACAAUAACAAUGCCAUCACAGAUCACCAUUCCGACAACACAAGAACAAACAGCAGCUGUCUUGGGUUACGCUCAAUAUGCUUCGUUCUUACACGCACUAUCGCAACAAUUUCGCGUAAACUAUCCGCCAGCGCUAUUGCAUUCGGCUGCAGCUGCUGCUUGUGCCGCCGGUUAUUUGCCACUUUCAAUGUUGCCGUCAGAUGGAAAUCAUUUUCAAUCAAAUCCAUCCUCGUACAAUCCUAACGCAUCUCGUCUGAACAAUGGUUCAUCAGCAAGUCGAUCAUCAAGUACAAAUAGUGGUGGUUUAUCACCUACAACAACGUCAACUGUUGGUGAUUCGAUUACAAAACUACGUCAACUAAAUUUAGAACGUGAACUAAAUGCUGAGAAUAGUCGACGACGAGGAAAAAGUCCACAAAUACCACGCUCAAAUACUAUGAAUGAAAAUGGUUCCCAUGAUAAAAUGGUAGAGUCAGCUCACGAUAUACCUGUACGUUUCAAUUCCAUGCCAACAACUUUUGCUCAAUUUUUUAAUUCAAGUAAUCAAAAAAUGAAUAGCACAACAAAUUAUUGUACAAAUACAACAUCCAUAUUACCAUCAUCAAAUAAAAAAGAGAUUCCAGAACAACAACCCUAUCGUCGUGAAACAUAUCAGACAUUAUUGGAAAGCAGCCGAUUACUUGCUCAAUCAUCAUCUCAUUUUCAUCUACCAUUAAAUGGUAGUACUCAUCAGCUGGCAAAACCUGUGCCAAUUGAUCUAAGAAAACAUGCAAAUGGCGGUCGAACAGUGCCAAGUCCUUCAUCUUAUACGUCGCACGUUGAUCAACAUAAAAUAACAGCAACAUCUGGUUUUCGUUUUUCUUCAUCUCCAAAUUCAAUUCCAUCGUCACCGUCGUCAAGUAAUGAUGAGAUGAGUAAUGAAAAUCAACCUUCAAUGAGAGACGAUACAAUCACAACAAAAGGCAAAUAUCGAAAUUCUAACACUACUACUACAAACGGCGGACAAUCUCAAAAUGAAUACGUUUGUAUACCGAAAAAGUUGAUGCCUGUUGUGGCAGCACGUGUAAACGAUUGGUUAGAAAAAAGUGUACAUUUUGUAUUAAAUCUUGAUGUUGUUAAAGAAUCAACUAGUACAGAUGAAAAAUUAUUAUUGCUUUCACGUUCAUGGCAUCGAUUAUUGUUAAUUAGUAUGGUUGAAAAUUGUUUUGAAAUAUAUGUAACAAAAGAUUUACAAAUAAAUAAUAGUAACAACAACAAUGAUUGUACAACUAAACGUUGUACAAGUCCAUCAACAAAUAAUACAAAUUAUCCAACAGAAAAUGAUGUUAAACAAAUUGAAUCGUUGAUAUCUCGCGGAAAAGCAAUUCAAAUUGAUGAUGUUGGAUUCAAUUUAAUACGUGAAGUGGUGAUCUACAAAGAAGGAAAAACUCUCUUUGCAUCAACUUUAUCUUUUGAUCGAGCCGAAAGUAAUGCACAAUCACGUUUAACAAAUUGGUCAACGUCAAAAUCAAAAUAUUCAAAAAUGGUCUUUUUCCUGUGUAACAUCUAUCAAGUAAAAGAAGAAAUUUUUGAAAAAUUAUUUUGUUCUAGUAGUAUGCAUAUGACAAGUACUAUUCAAAAUCAUUUACAACGAGAAGUACAUCGGUUUCUAGCUUUAUCACCCGUUUCAUCUACAUCAUCAUCAAUAACAGAUUAA